AAGGGAGAGAAGAAAAAAAUAGAAGAGUAAGAAAGUAUAGGGGAGAGGGCGACAGACUCGGCGACCGCACCGUAAGACACCAGUGAGAGAGUGAACGUAAAGUCACCAAGUGAUCCCCGAGAGCACGGAGUAGGUGAAUCAAAGCGCGCCGUAUCUGUCACUGCAGCCGGACUCUCGGUCUUCAUCAUCGCGGGGACUACAUCGUCUCCGUAUAGACUUCUCUACCUUCGCCUACACGAAGAAUAGGAAAAAUGGCGAAACACUGUCAAGCUUACGCGUUCGUGCUCCUGGUGGCGUAUCUCUCAGCGGGCGUGCUGCUGGUGAACGCUGCGCCUCAGGAAAACUCCUUUGGUCUUGGCGCCCUGUUCCAACCUAGCUCAAGAUCAAGAUCAAACCCUGAACUGUCCACGAGUUCACCAGCUGGCGACGCCGCCCGCUACCUGGACUCAUCGGCUAAAGUUUUCGACUCAGUUGUUCCCGGGAAGUUUGCCGAGAAGCUGCUGCCCAAGUUUGACGACCAGAAAGACAAGGUGUGCUACGAAUUCGUGGGAUGCUUCAGCAACCGGGACAGGUUCACACACCCGACUUCGUUCCCCAGCGAUCCGGAGUCUGUGGACACGAAGUUCAUGCUUUACUCGCGCUCCAACCGGCGCUCGCCCGUGCAGCUUGACUACCGGCCCAACAAGAGGCUCGGUAACCUCCCCCAGUUCGAUCAGCGCAAGCCUCUUAAGCUCAUCGUGCACGGAUUCCUCGAGAACGGCAAAGUCAGCUGGAUCCAGGACAUCAAGGACGCAUUCCUGGACGAGGAGGACUGCAACGUGAUAAUCAUCGACUGGAGCGGUGGCGCUCAGCAGCUCAGCUACAUCAAGGCAUCGGGCAACACGGCGCUCGUGGGCCGCGAGGCUUCGCUCCUAGUGCAACGACUCAUCGAUGCGCACCGCAACACGCUUAGCACGGACCAGGUGCACAUCGUGGGCUUCAGCCUGGGAGGCCAGAUCGCCGGCUUCUUCGGCAGACACUUCAAGAACAGCACCGGGCAACUCAUACCGCGCAUCACCGCUCUAGAUCCGGCCGGACCGCUGUUCGACAACACAACCGUCUGCCUGUCCGAGAGUGACGCCCGAUACGUGGACGCAAUUCACACAAGCGGCGGCAAGCAGAUAGUGGUCGGCGAACUGGGCAUUGACAGGCCAGUCGGCCACGUCGACUUCUACCCCAACGGCGGCAAGAAGCAACCGGGGUGCAAGCCGCUCGAUCUGCCAUGCGACCACUUCCGGGCCACUGCCUACUUCCUCGAGUCCCUCCGCAACAAGCGGUGCCGCUUCCUGUCCAUCCUUUGUGGAGGAGGCUUCCGCGCACUGGAGCAGAAUAAGUGCCAGCAAGGCGGCAAGCGGGGCCUCAUGGGUUAUUUCAGUCAUACGGCGCCGGGAAGAGGCGUCCAGUUUCUCACCACCAACGACAAGUCCGAAUACUGCAAGGCAUAGACCGGUCAUUC